GUGCAUUUGAGACGGCGCAGUUGUAAACGACGACAGUAAACUCAAUUUGAAAACUAGAUCUUUUGAAGUCAUAUCUUUCGCAUCAUCAUCUAUCACUUUAGCCCUCUGAACGUGAAUGUUUGUGAGAAAUUCGCUUCUGUCAUGGUGCUGACAUUGUACAAGUUGGAUCCGAGCUCAUCGGUGCGGGCAGUAUUGAUGACAAUCGAAGCCCUAAACAUCCAAGAUAUCGAGUACAUCGAUGUCAACUUGCUGACCGGGGAACAUCUUAAAGAUGAAUACGUGCAGUUAAAUCCUCAACACACUAUUCCGACGCUGAAGGAUGACGACUUUGUCAUUUGGGACAGUCACGCAAUAAGCAGCUAUCUGGUUAACAAGUACGCGAGUGACGAGUCUUUAUACCCUGGGGAGAUAAAGAUGAGAGCAAUCAUUGAUCAAAGACUCCACUUUGAUAGUGGCAUCCUGUUCCCUGCGUUGCGAGGAGCGGUCGAGCCGGUUAUCUAUAGAGGCGAGAAGUUGUUCAGGCCAGAAAAUUUGGACAAAAUAAAAUCGGCGUAUGGGUUCACCAACAAGUUUUUAACAACACCCUGGCUUGCUGGUGACCAGCUCACUAUAGCAGACAUCUGCUGUAUUGCUACCGUCUCCUCCAUGAAUGAAAUAUUUCCGGUCGCUGAAGACAUUUAUCCCAACUUGGCAGCAUGGAUGGCGCGUUGCUCGGAACAACAUUUUUACAAAAAAGGAAAUCUUCCUGGUUUAAAUAUUUUCCGCGAGUUGUUAAAAUCGAAGCUUUCUUGAAAUUAUGAAACGUAUAUUUAGCUGCUAGGUUUUACACGAUAGUUUGCAACUAUACCACAAUUAAAGCACCGCAACGAAGGAACAUAUUCCCCGAGAAUUAGAAGAGGCACACACAAGCAAUCUACAAUUAGAAAUAAAUAAUAUUUGAUAGCGAA